CAUGUCACAACCUCAUAUCCGCUCUUUCCUCAUUAACCUCUCUAUUUCUUGAUUGGCAAUCACAAUGGAGUCUCACGCCGAUCUUAUCAAUACUUCCACCAUUCUUAGUGAAGAUCAUUCAUCUAUCUUGAAUAUGGCAACCAGUCUCAAGCCCUCUGCAUGGAUGUCAAGCUGGGAGCUUUCAAAAGCUCGUGAAGAGCCAGUUGCUGUCAUUGGCGUCAAAGACUUGCAAUUGCAGGUCAUGGCCGGAGCCGAUGGGUGGACUGGAGAUUGGGUUGAGACUACUUGUCCACACCAACCAGCUCUCAUCUCGGUGUCCCUCGCUUUACGACGACCUUUUAAGAAGGCAUCUGAAGAUGAUGACAUCGCAGGGGACACUAUUCAUUAUGGCCUCAUCAAAUCAGCAAUUAUCGACGGUCUCAGGGCUUAUCAUGCAAGAGGUAUAACACCUGACUCUGCAAGCGAACUUUCCAUGAAUUCAAUCUAUUCAUUCAUCGUUUCUGUUCUCGUUAGGCGUAGAAUUGCAGUAGGUAGAAACGUCAAUUGGUCCUCAAUCAGAAUCAUGCUUCCAAAAUCAUCUUUACGAGGAGCUGGUGCCAGUCUUACUACACAAACGAUUUUCAAAGAACCUUCGUUAGAGGAACAGGAAGCAGGCGUCUUGCGCAGCAUUGGUCAUAUCGGAGAAAGUAGUACCCUUCGACUGCAUGACCUUACAGUUCCCACCAUAAUAGGCUUGUUGCCAAAAGAGCGCACCAUGAAACAGAAUGUGGUUGCGAAUGUUGAGAUAGAUAGAUGGGUUGGCCAGGGAGAUCUUCAUUGGGAUAUACAACAGAUCGUUGUGAAGACGAUAGAAGAAUCAUCAUUCCAAACUUUGGAGGCACUGGCAGAGCGCAUAAGCAAAAACAUCAUUCGACACUCUUUGAUUCCUACCAUCAUAAAGCAGGCCUCCACAAGAGAUAAUUGGGAUGAGCUUGCUGAUGAUUAUGAAGUCGUCCCAUGGGAGGAAACGCUUGUACCCAAAUUAUGUCCAAUUGUUAAGAUCAAGCUGGAAAAACCAAGUAUAUACAUUGACACCACACCAGGUGUUGAAAUGAGCAUGGACAUUCGACCUUCAUGUGACUCGCCAUACUUUUAUUUGUGGGAAGGGUACAAGAGGUUGCGCUUAUGUCCACGUCCACUCAUAGGUACGCUCAAGGACUGGAUUGCGCAGGAGCACGAAGGAUCAAAGAACGGAACAUGGUCAAACGUAGUAGGCAUUAAUCGAAAUUUGGAUGGUCUCCAACCCGAUCUCGCCAGGACGCCCCAAGAUGCGGAGGAAAUCACUGCUCAGCCAGGAGAGCGCCCAGCAAAUCCAAAGGGUGGAGAAUAAUCAAGACAAUGACACUGCGGAAGAGACCGUUGCUCUUCCUAAGGAAGACCCGGAAACUCCAAAGGAUGGAGAAUCGUCAAUUUUGAGAGACCUUGAUCGAAAGCUCCAGACUUUGCAGAGGAACAUUGCUCAACUUCGAAACACUGCGCAAGAUGUCAUAGCUACCCCCAAAACAGUGGACGAUAAAGAAUCUUAAAUGUUGGCAGAAAUUGGCCAAAAGCUGGACGCCUUCAAACAGGGGGUCGUCGACGCCCAAAAAGUAAUGCAGUAGUUCGUUGUUCGCUAAUUAUCUUUUGCGUCUAAAAAGUUGUAGAGAGAGGGUAAGAAAACGGUGCAGGUUAAUGAUGUUUUAUCAACAUGCUGUUUCAAGGAGUCAACCUUCAUAUUUUAGACCAGAGGAUGAUGAAAACGGGUUAGAUGGAAAAUGUAUGGAUUUAAGGGCGGUACUUUCUUUUCUUAGACAAUCAGCAUUCACGAGGUAUUUUGGGUUGCAUAGGUUCCUUUGCAUCAUGCUGAGGACUAGCAUUGUAUACAUUAUUGUAUGUGUUAACAUCUUGUAAUGGGAUAUUCAAAUUUGACUUGCAUUUCCUCUAUAAUUUCUUGUACCCCUCAAUUGCCAUUGUGAUUGCGACUAUGAGUUCAUAAACUAACCAUCUGGCUUUGAAACGGAUUGCUUCAAAUAGUUUUCUGGCGGCCAUUGGUUGAUCUGGGUUGAUAUCUAGCUUUGGACAUAUAUUCAUGACUCAAUCUUGCGUUUAUAUUGAUAACUCA